AUGUAUAUUACAGUAUUACACGCAGUUACCCUAAUCUCCUCUACACAACAACCAAUCUCUACCGUCUCUCUCUUGGCGUCGUUGUUGAAUGUCUCAGCGCCUCCACCGUCGCCACCUGACUCCGGCAACAUCACACACCAACAUCACGUUCAACCACCAUCUGGUCCGGCAACAUUACAACCCACCUCCGCCUCUGUCGUAGCUCGCGAUCAGAUGGAGACAUUUACAAGUUCAAACAGGGGCUACCAAGCUGAACUCAAUGUAGUUACAUAUUUCCAGAAGAUACAUGAGAUUGAAGAAGACAAGUCAAAGUUCCGAAUCCUUCUUAUGAUUAGUUGUCUUCCAGAGUUUUGGGCAGCAUGCACGAGAGCUUAUUACAUCUGA